GUGGAACUGUAGAGUUUGGAUUUCAGAGUCGCAGGAGUCUUGCAAGAAGAGGUCCAAUAACGCUGCUGCUUUCGGUUUUUGGUUGUUUUUUUUUUUGCAUGUGUGUCUCCUCGCAUCCGAGACUUCAUAAAAAAAACUCCGGGAUGUACACGGCCGGACUCAAUCCGUUUUACGCCUCCAAUUUCAGCCUCUGGUCUGCCUACUGCGCAGGAGGCUUCGCAGUGGACAACGCUAAGAAACCAUCGUUUUGCAUCGCGGAGCUCCUGCAGGCCGGAGAUGCGGAGAACAUCCCCGGUACUUCCGCCCUCAUGGUGCACGUGCAGGCUCAGCAGCACCGGGGGUCCUCCGGAGGCUCCCCGCUGCGUCCGGCACCCGUCGGGCCCGGGGAGGCGUCAGUGUACGGGGCGAGGGUCAGCCCCGCGUCCCCGUACCACAGACACGGACUGCAGAUGACUUCUGUGCCGAGAGGUGCACUCGGCUCCCCGCAAGCCCCUCCGCCUUCAAGCAAGGAUCUCAAAUUUGGAAUCGAUCGGAUAUUGUCCACUGAUUUUGACGCAAAGGGGAAGGAAAAAACGUCGUUAAGAGAUCUCACGUCCAUUGUUAGCCCCAACCGUCAGUCAGGCCUCCACAUCCCCAUUCAGCCGGCGGCCGGCCAGUACUUCUCCUCCAUAGAAGCCGGGAUGAACGACACCUCCAUGAUGAGUUCACUAGGCAGCAGCGGCAGGCAAUCAGGCCAGCAUCAGUUUCAGGACACCUUCCCAGGUCCGUACGCCGUCCUCACCAAAGACACAAUGCCGCAGACGUACAAAAGGAAGAGGUCAUGGUCCAGGGCGGUUUUUUCCAACCUGCAGAGAAAAGGCCUGGAGAAAAGGUUUGAGAUCCAGAAGUACGUCACCAAGCCGGAUAGGAAACAGCUGGCGGCCAUGUUGGGCCUGACAGACGCUCAGGUGAAAGUCUGGUUCCAAAACCGGCGCAUGAAGUGGCGACACUCCAAGGAGGCCCAGGCCCAGAAGGACAAGGAGAAGGAGCAGCCGGACAGGACUCCCGAGUCCGGCAGGGAUCCGAAAGAAACCGCCGAGUCCGAGUGUGACAGCGAGGACCGCAGCGAGUGUGAGUCCGACGAAGCGGAGGACAAGGAGGACAAAAGACAUUUGGACAUUUGCGAGCACAACAAAACUAGCGUCAUCAUGAGCGGCGGCGUGGAAGACACACAUUUGGACUCUGCUUCUUCUUCUUCUUCGUCUUCUUCUUCUUCUUCUUCACAGCUUCUAAUAUGAACGCAGGACUCUGAUUUGGAUCUAUCCAUCAGACGCAAUGGAAGCCGUGCAGGUUGCGUUUAUUUAAUUGGACAAACGAGCUUCGGUGUGCAUGAUGCUUUCCUCAAAUGGUUUAAAAAGCGUAAAUAAAAUUGUAAAUCUUGUUACUUCACGAUGUAUAAAAUAAAUCUCGGAACACACAGUGUACAUGUUCUUUGUGUGUUGUUGUUGUUAAUAUCAUUUGCACUGAAAAUAUUGUAAA